AUGGCGUAUCAGGGAGCUCAAAAAGUGCAGAAAGUCAUGGUCCAGCCAAUUAACUUGAUUUUUAGAUACCUUCAAAAUAGAUCUCGCAUACAAGUUUGGCUGUACGAGCAGACGAAUUUGAGAAUCGAAGGCUGUAUCAUUGGAUUCGAUGAGUUCAUGAACCUGAUGUUGGACGAAGCUGAAGAGUAUCAUUUGAAGACAAAAUCCAGAAAAACUUUGGGCAAGAUCCUAUUGAAGGGAGACAACAUCACCCUCAUUCAG